AUGAAUGCAAACUCGGGACUAGGGAUUGACCCCCAUACUUACACGAGCGGUCGGUGGUUAUGUCGCGACAAUGUGGAGCGUGACUCGCGCUACAUCAGAUUCAAUUUCGAAGCGCUUUGCCAGAGGGUUAUUCAUCUAUGUCCUGGAGCAGACGCCAUCGCAGCUUGUCGAAAAAUUGAAGGAGGUUUCAAUAGGGUGUUUAUUUUCACUCUGAAUAAUGCCGAGCAGCUCGUGGCGAGACUUCCAUUUCCGUUAGCUGGGCCAACGAAACUGACCACUGCUUCUGAGGUCGCCACGAUUCGCUACCUACAAGCGAAGACCAGUAUCCCCGUUCCUAGGGUCCUUGACUGGCAUAAUGAUGCUGCAGAUGCAGACAAUCUCAUCGGUACUGAAUAUAUUAUCAUGGACCACGCAGCUGGUGUCCCAUUGCGCGAGAAAUGGCAUGAAAUGACUGGAGAUCAGCAAGUCCGGUGCAUAGAUGCGAUUUACCGAACGAUCAAAGAGGCAGUGGACCUGGAAUUUCCGGCAUUCGGGAGCAUAUACUUCAACAAUACUCUCGAUUCUCAGUACAGCAAAUACUUGGAUGACGAUUUCUGUAUUGGACCGCACUGCAGCACUCGAUACUGGGACUGUAAUCCAGGGGAAGAUAGAUAUUAUGACAACGCGAAGCCAAAUCAUGGACCUUGGACUAGUCUUGAAGAGUAUUGUGAUGGCCUCAUUGAUGCUGGCAUUUCGAGGGUACCUGCCGCCAAUACUGAAGUCGAGAAAAAGCCAUUCUAUCAUGGAUCGGUUCAAACGCACUUGCGCCUUCUAGAAGACGCCCGGAUUGUACUGCGGCAAAUCGCUGCGGAUUCUCGGAUUCAAAGCGCUGCCUCACCGCUAUUAUUCCACCCCGACUUGCAUAUGAGAAAUAUAUUUGUUUCGGAAGAUAAUCCUUCUCUCAUCACCGGUAUUAUUGACUGGCAGGCGGCUAGUAUCGAACCGGCAUUUUGGUAUUCAGAUGAAGUGCCGGACUUUGCAACAGGAGAUGAGAUCUACACCGAUACUUUCGAAUUAUCCUCGCAGUUCCUCACACCCAAACUCUCUGGGCCAAGUUUGAUGAAUGAAAACCUCUUUCGACCAUUUCGCUACUGUUACAGGACGUGGAAGGAUGGCGCAGCGGCUCUACGCCAUGAGUUGAUUGAAACAUCCCGACAUUGGAGAGAGCUAGGAUUCGAAGGUCAAUGCGCAUACCCAAUGCCUACGCCAGAAGAAUUGGCGAAGCACGAGAGGGAGUACAGACUCUUUGAAGCAGCACAGAAUUUGCGUCGUGACUUGGCAGGCUUACUCAACACCGCAUCGGAUGGUUGGGUACCUUUAGAGGCCUGGGAAGCGACAAAACUGACCCAUAAGGAACUGUUCAAUGGGAUGCUGCAGGCUGUCUUGAUCAACCCUGACCAGGAUGAUGAUGAGCCAGUAAAAGAUGAAAAGACUCUCAGGUCCAUCUGGCCCUUUGACAUUGAUGGAUGA